GCCAUUUAUUCUUCAGCCCAAUCCUGUAAAAUAAUCAGGAAGAAGACGGCGGAACAUUUGAUCCGUGGUAGGAAAUAACCUUUUAUUUUGGCGGACCAACAUGGCCGCGCUCUGGUGCAGGUUGCAGUGUCUCAGUUUCUUCAGGAGUUCUGUUCGGCUUCUGUUCAGGAAAAAUCCUGCUAAUCGGAAAUCCCACAAUUGGACAAGUGUCCUGUACUCAGGUUUGGCAGCUUUAGCAGUGGGCGGUAGACUGUGUGCUGUACCUUUUAAACAGGUUGAAAACCUCUCGCAUGACUCGCUGGUCAGACGAGCAGCAUCUCUGGUGACAGACAGCUCAAGCACUUUUCUCUCUCAGGUCACCUUGGCUCUUAUUGAUGCCGUCACUGAGUACGCAAAGGCUGUGCACACACUCAUUGCCCUUCAAAGGCGGUAUUUAGCCUCUUUGGGAAAACUGAGUCCAGCUGAAGAAGAUGCGAUCUGGCAGGUGAUCAUUAGCCAACGUGCAGAGGUUAACCACAGACAAGAUGAACUGAAACGCUUUGAGUUGACCUGGGCCACCUCAGUAAGGCUGUGUGAGACAGCGGCAGAGGCAGCAUACAUAUCAGGAGCUGAGAAUGCAUCCAUCAUGAUCAGGACAAACAUUCAGUUGGCCCAGUCGCAAGUGGAGGAGGCGCAGAAACUCUCACUGGAUGCAGAAAAGAAGCUGGCAGAGACUAAAGUUAUGGAGGUCGAAAGGAUGACGCAACACGCCGCCUCCCUUGAGAGCAAUAAUGAUGAGGAAAUACCUGAGGCCUACCUAAGAGAAGACUGAGAAACACAAUUAUCCGAUAACUCAUUUUGCUAGGGCAUCUGGAUUCUCGUUGGUGUGAGAUAGUGAAAGUUAAUUUUUUGUUCCAAAAUAAAAAGAGAGCAUAAAAUUAA